GACGAUUUUUUACAUGCACAAGUUAUAUGACAUCUUCUGCCUGCUCAACUACAACUAGUCAGCCAAAUUACAACCAUGACUUUAUCGUGAUACAUCAAACACUUGACUCGGUUUGAGAGUGAGGCGUCAUAGAGAACUUAAAACUACUAAUAAAUAUGUAAAGAUGAAGCCGUCCAUUCUAGAGAGACCUAGAAAUCUCGACACGAUGUAGAAAAAGAAAGAAAACCAAUCGUUUUUUAUGGUUCACCCUUUUCUGUGGAGGCUUCUCUUUUUUGUGUCAGAAUACCAAACGCUGCAUUUCUGAUUGUUCUGUGUCGUACAACCAGCUGUAAUAGAUUCCUUCGGCUUUGAUGAAUACUUAUCUAUCAAGCAAAUACCUUCACAAGAUCCAAGAACUCGAACGACUAUGACAACUACAACGUCCAGUAGCGCGCUUUUUCCGAACAUUGACUGGACGGUGUUCGAGAGGGAACCAUGGCCGAGCAUUCUAGUGGCUUCGGUUUUGCUUAUCUUCAUCAUGGGACCAAACUUUAUGACUACUGUCUGCGCAAUGUAACAAGUAUAACAAGAAGUACGGUCUGAAAAAUCUUGAUCUUCAGUAGCAACAGAUUUAUAUUAAUAAUAUAUAUUAAUAGCUGUGAUCUUCGAAGUAGCUGGUACCCUGCAUUCUCAUUGUUGUUCGGAAACGUAAAAUUAAUCGUGGUCUGUACUGAAUACCGAACUAUUUUAGCCUAAGCAUGAAAACUCCUGGACGAGGUAACUUCUAAGUCCGAAUCUAGGCUGGUAAUGAAAACAGCAUCAUCUUCUUCUAGAAGAACGGAAGCCGAGCAGGGCAUUAGGUUUUAGGCUUAGAAUCGGAUGAGUUCACAUUUAGGACGACCGUCCCAUUCAUACGUUCAUGUUUUGGUUCUUUCGACUAAGCGACGAAGACGAGCGGCGACUCGCCAGGAUAAAGGAGGAUUUUGAGCGUGGGCCUUUCAUGCGGCAGCUAGAGGAAGAGAUGCAAACAAAGAAAACGCCAGAGAAUUAAGGCUACCGCUAGAUGAUGGGGUUACCGCUCCUGGCAUCCUUCUUACUAGAAGUAAAGCAUCCUAUACUAAGUUCCGUCCUAACUAAUCUUUGGCUUCAUCAUUCAGAUUCUUGUCACAUUUUCUGCUUGUGUUGAUUAGAAAGAAGCCUGACACCGAGAUGAAGGUAUCACCGCUUAAGUACACUUUUAAGGAAGAUGCGAAAGUGGUAGCUCUAAGAGAAGGUGCGGUCACGACUUUCACAAGAUCAUAGGAAAAGGGUAGGCAUAGAUGCGACUAGCAAUGACAACUGAGAGCUACAAUUUUCGUGACGAUGGAAGGUGGCAGCUCAGCUGGAAGAACAAGGAGCUUUUCUCUUUAGCAAUCCGGAAGCGGAACUUCGUGGUGAGGAUUUCUCGCUGCCUCUUGGUCCGGGAGUCACGUUUUGAAUUAGCUUUGAUUUUUUCCAAUUCCAUAUAAUCUUUCGUUCAUGCCUAACAUCAGCGUAAAAGCUACGACAUGAUGAAGAUGGUGUAUCAACAAGUACUCAAACUUAUCUACAUUCACAAUAUUUUCCGUGCAAGCAUCAGCAUGUGCAUGAUGCUGCUAAGAACGCAUGGCGGUAAUGCUACAA